AUGGACAAGAAAGUGGAGCUUCAUAGAAGUCGAAGCCAGGCAGCGCCACGAGCAGAGCCAACAGCAGCCCCAAGAGUGGUGCCAGAAGCGCAGCCUCCGCUCCUCCUCGAGCCCCAUCAGCGGGAACUGCUAGCUGCCGCCAUCAUGGGUGGGGGUGGACUGGGGGGGGGUGUUGGGGGCGGUGCGCUCACGCGGGGAACCGGGCGGCGGGCGGGGACUGGAGAGCCUCGGUGGCGGCCCCUCGUGCCUGACCUGGCGCUGAGGGCUCCCUCGUGCGGCGACUAUAGGCGGAAAACUCGCCCGACGCCAUCGUUUCCGCACGAGUCUGCUGCAAAUCCUGAGACUCCAAACUCAACCAUCUCCAGAGAGGCCAGCACUCAGUCCUCCUCAGCUACAACCAGCCAAGGCUAUGUUUUACCAGAAGGCAAAAUCAUGCCAAACACCGUUUUUGUUGGUGGAAUUGAUGUUAGGAUGGAUGAAACCGAAAUUAGAAGUUUCUUUGCUAGAUAUGGUUCAGUAAAAGAAGUGAAGAUAAUCACGGAUCGAACUGGUGUGUCCAAAGGCUAUGGAUUUGUUUCAUUUUAUAAUGAUGUGGAUGUGCAGAAGAUAGUAGAAUCACAGAUAAAUUUCCAUGGUAAAAAGCUGAAACUGGGACCUGCAAUCAGGAAACAAAAUUUAUGUGCUUAUCAUGUGCAGCCUCGUCCUUUGGUUUUUAAUCCUCCUCCUCCACCACAGUUUCAGAGUGUGUGGAGUAAUCCAAACACUGAAACUUAUAUGCAGCCUCCAACCAUGAUGAAUCCUAUAACUCAGUAUGUUCAGGCAUAUCCUUCUUAUCCAAGUUCACCUGUUCAGGUCAUCACUGGAUAUCAACUGCCUGUAUAUAAUUAUCAGAUGCCACCACAGUGGCCUGCUGGAGAACAAAGGAGUUAUGUUAUACCCCAGGCUUACACUGCUGUUAACUACCACUGUAAUGAAGUUGAUCCAGGAGCUGAAGUUUUGCAAAGUGAAUGUUCAGUUCAUGAAGCUACUCCAUCCUCAGGAAAUGGCCCACAAAAGAAAUCUGUGGACAGAAGCAUACAGACUGUGGUAUCUUGUCUAUUUAAUCCAGAGAACAGACUGAGAAACUCUCUUGUUACUCAAGAUGACUACUUUAAGGAUAAAAGAGUACAUCACUUUAGAAGAAGUCGAGCAGUGCUUAAAUCUGUUUGA